AUACUUUGGAAUCAACGUCUACUACAUCAACUUUCUUUCCGUCUGGCAGAGACUCUCCUGUUACCUACACGAGAUACGAAUGAGAAAAGUUGAGACUCUCUGGCUUCCAGACUCACGCCCAAAUACACGCCAAACUGCAUGAGUGUAAGUCCCAAUUGUCAGACAAGCACCUGCUUCGGAAUGCCCUAUUCUCGAAACGGUCGCAUACCGACCUCUCCAGUCAACGGGAGUACUGGAACCCAUGGAUAUCGAUGCAGCUUAUUCCCCACGCAUCAAGUACUAUUCUAAAUCAUCCAUUUAUCCAUCUUGUUGCCCUGCGGGACAAUCGUGGCUCGUCCCAGUCACGGUUGUUCCUCCAACAGACUGUGGACCAGACAUUGUUCCAUUCCGGCUGGGUAUUUUGGCUCAUACAAACGUGCGAGGUUCUUGGUUUUGAAGUGUACAGCCCCUUAGUCAAGCAUUUGGUGGCAGCCACGGCGACAAUAUCAUGGCUUUUCCAGUUCUCAAGAGGCGACGAAGCUGCCAGAUAAGCGAAAGAGGAUCUGGAACGAUGCGAAAGAUUCUUCUUGAUCAGCAUGUCAGAUACAUGGCCUCACAUUUCUCAAAAGGCACAUAUUCCAGCACUCGCUUCUCCGAAAUCUACAGGCCCUCGCAACAGACAGAUUUCAGCAAAAUGCUGGCAAAGGUACAACGAUUGCCUUUCCGCCAUCAAUGUUCUGGAACCUCCUUGAUCUUACACUUUGUUAUAUGGCAACAACUACACUUUCCCGCGAUGGCGGAGCCGGACCAGAAACUGUAUCUGACGCCAGGAUGCAUCACCACACACUUUGUUCAUCCGCUUGUAGAGGACGAGGCUGAGCAUCCGGUUGCUUCAGACCAUGUUCAUGGUGGUGCAGAGGCACCUAUAGCAAAUCCAGAGGACCUUGAACAACUGUAUAUGGCUGAUUUAUGCUCUCAGUUGCUGCCUGAUGAUUUUGAUUGGUUGUUG